AUGCUCGACGAGACAAAUGUUUUGGUCAAAACUUUCAGGAGAAUUAGACAAGAGCUGCAGCAGUCUUCCACUGCAAAUCUUCGAUUGAGAAUCUUUGGUAUGGAAAGCAGGAAUCGACAAUAUGAUCUGCCAGCAAGUGAUGAUGUGGAGGGUCUAAAGCGAAUAUCAAGUGUCAACCCAAAAUUUGAAGCUCUUCACUUCCCGCUGCUUUUCCCAUACGGAGAAGAUGGAUACCAUCCCUGUAUGCCAUAUGAUCCUAGAUACUGUUCAGUUUCUGCCAAGAGGAGGUUCGUGACUCAGCGGGAAUAUUAUGCAUUUCGACUUCAAUAUCGUAUGAAUGAGGGUCAUACAUUGGUCAAGAGUGGGAAGGCUAUUCAGCAUUACUGUGUUGAUGCGUUCUCUACUAUUGAGCUCAAUAGACUUGCAUUCCUGAGAAGCAACCAAAAAGAACUUAGAGCUGAAGUUUACCAGGGUUUGCGAGAUGCACAUGUUAUCAUACCUUCAUCUUAUACAGGUGGCCCGAGAUAUAUGCAGCAGUUAUAUUAUGAUGCCAUGGCUAUAUGUCAGUUCUUGGGCAAUCCGGAUUUAUUUGUUACUUUCACGUACGAACCCAUGGUGGUUUGCCGAGUAUUUCAUAUAAAACUUAUGAAGCUAAUUGAUGAAAUACUUCGGGGGAACUACUUUGGCAAGACUAUAGCAGCAGAAAUACCAGAUCCUCAUCUUGAUCCUGUUGGGUAUGAAUCGGUUGUUAGAUUUAUGCUUCAUGGACCCUGCGGAAGUGCAAACCCAUUGGCGCCCUGCAUGAAGGAUGGAAAGUGUUCUAAGUUUUUCCCAAAGAAAUUUAGUUCAGAAACUGCAUUUGACAAGUUUGGAAAUGUCAUUUAUAGACGCCGAGACUCCGGGAUUCAGGUAAAAAAGGGCAAUGCAGUUCUAGACAAUACGCAUGUUGUUCCAUACAAUAGAAAUCUGUUAGUUAUGUUGCAGGCACAUAUUAAUGUCGAAAUUUUUCAUAAGGGUGGCUUGAUCAAAUAUUUAUUCAAGUAUUUGACCAAGGGACCAGAUAGAUCCCUGGUGGUUGGCAGCGUGCUCAGGAAUCCAAAAGUUGGCAAAACACAUCUCACACAAUGGUUUGCUCUAAAUCGAAGGGAUCCAGAGGCAAGAAAAUUGACAUAUGCUCAAAUACCGAAUGCAUAUACAUGGAAUGAAGAUGAGAAUGAGUGGACUCCACGUCAGAAAGGAUUUGCAAUCGGCAGAAUUGCAUAUGUACCUCCAGGAAGUGGUGAUGUGUUCUUCUUAAGGCUUAUGUUAACAAUAGUUCCUGGACCUACAAGCUAUAUUGCUUUGAGGACUGUUAAUGGGGAAGUCUACCCUAGCUAUGAAAAAGCAUGUGAGAAAUUGGGGCUUCUGUCAGACUCUUCAGAAUGGGUUAGAGUUCUACAAGAAAUAUCAGCAUCUAGCAUGCCAAAUUUGAUAAGGAGUACAUUUGUAUGCAUGUUGAUGUUCUGUGAAGUUCCAAGUCCUCUUGAAUUGUUUGAGUCAAGCUGGAAAUUCAUGGCGGAGGACCAUGCUUAUUCUCUUAGAAAACAGUUCCGUUCAGAAAAUUUCCAGCCUUCUGAUGAGAGGCUGCGUAAUUGGGUUCUUCAUCAAUUACAGGCUUUGCUAGGAUCUUAUUCGGCGUCGUUGGCUCAAUUUAACUUAUCAAAACCAACAGAUUUAGGAGUGGAUGAUGAAAACAAUUCCUUACUCAAUGAUCACUUGAGUUUUGAUGUUUUGCAGCAGCAAGAACUUUCAGAUUCACUGCUUCAAUCCCUUAACAUAAAUCAAUUUGAAGCCUAUUCAGCAAUCAUGGUCUCAAUCCAUGGUAAUCUGGGUCGUUCCUUCUUUUUGUAUGGCCAUGGGGGUACUGGAAAAACUUUCUUAUAUAGUACCAUCAUCUCAAAAUUGAGGAGCCUCUCGAAAGUUGUCAUUGUGGUGGCUUCAUCAGGCAUAGCAGCAACUCUCUUACCAAAUGCUACCACUGCGCAUUCCAGAUUUAAAAUUCCCCUUCAUCUAGAUGCCACAUCCACCUGCUCGGUCAAAAAAGGGACUCACUUGGCAGAACUUAUACAAAAGGCAGCACUAAUUGUUUGGGACGAAGCGCCAAUGACACACAGACAAGCAUUUGAGGCCGUUAAUAGAACCUUAUGUGAUCUCAUGAACAUUCCUCUUGUGGGACCUGGACAUAAGCUAUUUGGGGGGAAAACAGUCCUAUUUGGAGGCGAUUUCAGGCAAACUUUGCCUGUUAUUCAGGAAUCUGGACGUGAGCAGACAGUUGAGGGAUCUCUCACAAGGUCUGACAUGUGGAAUUCCUUUACUUUACUCAGGUUAUCAAGAAACAUGAGGCUUGACACCUCAUCGGCGAAUGAAGCUAUUAUUAUCAACAAAUACACAUUUGGAGAAUGGGUUCUUGCACUUGGUGAUGGAAAGCUGCCUGUCAAACGUUUCAAAGAUGACACACCAGCUGACUGGAUUCAAAUUCCAGAUUUGUUUUUGGUUCAACCAAGAGUUGACCCAAUAACUUCUAUUGCAGAAGAAAUAUAUGAUUCCUUCACUCAAAACUAUAUGGACACAAAAUAUCUGACCUGCCGGGCAAUCGUGACUCCUACAAAUGCAAAGGUCAGUGAUAUUAAUGACUUAAUGCUUCAACAAGUGCCUGGACUGGUUCGUUCUUAUUAUAGCUCAGAUUCUAUGCAGCGUGAUACAGAAAUACCCAAGUCAUUUGAUGAAACAUACCCAACUGAGUUUCUGAAUACACUGACGUUCAAUGGUGUGCCGAAUCACGAGCUUAGAUUGAAGGUCCACACUCCUAUUAUGUUAUUGAGAAAUCUAAAUACAUCUGCUGGACUUUGCAAUGGAACAAGGGUCAUGAUCACAGAACUGGGAGAAAAUGUUAUCAAAGGGGUCAUCAUGGGUGGAACUUUUGACAAGGAUCCUGUAAUCAUACCAAGAAUUGUGCUAAAUGUGGAGGACAAGAAGUGGCCAUUUAUACUUAAGAGGCGUCAAUUUCCAGUGCGUCUUUGUUAUGCAAUGACUAUAAACAAAAGUCAGGGCCAAACUCUUGAGAAAGUGGGUGUUUAUCUUCCAGAGCCUGUAUUUAGUCAUGGCCAACUGUAUGUUGCUGUUUCGAGAGUAAGAUCGGCAAAUGGUCUUCGCUUUCUGAUAUCUAACACAAAUGGGAUCCCAGCCAAUUACACCAGAAAUAUUGUCUUCACUGAAGCCUUCGAAGAUAUCAACACAGAUCGAAUGAACCGUUUGCAGUCAUAA